AUGUCGUACUAUGAGGUGUACAUGGAACGGUGCUAUGAUCUGCUGGAGCCUAAAGCAAAAGAAAUCAUGGCCUUGGAUGACAAAGAUGGUAACAUGCAACUGAAGGGCUUGAGCUGGGUCCCUGUGCGAUCCAUGGAGGAAUUCGAGGAGCUCUAUUCCAUAGGCGUGCAAAGGAGAAAAGUCGCCCACACUGGACUGAAUGAUGUUUCCAGUCGGAGCCACGCUGUGCUCUCACUAAGGGUCAGCACUGGUGUUGUCAAAAGGAAACUUAACCUCAUUGAUUUGGCUGCUCUAAACAAGAAUGAGCACCGAAUUCCCUACAGAGAGAGUAAACUAACCCGCAUACUUCAAGAUUCUCUAGGAGGCAGUAGCCGUGGUGUGAUGAUAGCUUGCCUGAAUCCUGCAGAAUACCAGGAGUCAGCCAAGACAGUAAGUCUGGCUGCUCGUCCAUGCCAUAUUGAGACUUUCACCAGUUCAAGCAAGCAAGAAACUCCCAAGGUCAAGGUUGACAUGGAAGCCAAAUUCCGAGCAUGGUUGGAGUCAAAGGGGAAAACAAAGAGCAUCCAAAGAAUGGAUGGUCUUCUCUCCCCAAUUGCCAGCAAGACUCCAUUGUCUAUGAGCCAUAUGAAGCAUCCAACAUCUUCCAGAAUUGCUUGUAGAGCUAAGGCAAUGGAUCAGGAUGGUGAUAAAAUCAAGAAGAUGCUUUUUAAUCCAGAAGUCCAUGUUCCCACUGAAAAUAUACCACGAGAUCACAGGCAGACAGAAGUAAAUACACCAAAGAAAGUGGUGCUUCCUUCAGUUACUCAAUGCCAUGAAAAACAUGAAGCUUCUCUCAGGAAAGCUCUUUCUCCAAUUUCUUCAAACAUGGUGCCUGUGAAGCAGCAAAUAUCUGAUAAUGGCAAUUGCCCCAUUUUAUUGGAGCCCCAAACUCCAAUAGAAACACAUAACAUAGUCAAGGAGACUCCUGGUGCAACACCACUAGAGAGACUUAAUGCGCUACAGUCUAACUUAAAGGAAGCUCUUGUUCAGCAGUACCUUGAAGUUUUAAAUGUUGCAGACAAGGAAGAGCUACAGCAGCUGAAAGGAAUUGGCCCGAAGAGAGCAGAAUAUAUUCUGGAAUUACGGGAGGACUCACCAAGACCGUUCAAAACUCUUGCAGAUUUGGAACACAUCGGCCUCUCAUCAAAGCAGAUCCAAGACAUUCAAAAGAAGAUGGCGGCCACUGGGAUCUUCAAAUGA